UUCAACGGAGUACACGUUCAAAUUAAUUAUUUCGAAAAAUUUCAAGUUAUUAAUUAAAAAAUGGCUAUGUUAACUGUAACGAAUCCUUUAAUCCAAGCAUAUAUAUUACAUUCAGCUUUAUUAGCGUUAAAACUCAUCGCUAUCAGUUCAAUGACAGGAUUCACACGGCUCUCUCGACGUGUAUUUGCUAAUCCUGAAGACGUGAAGAAAUUCAGAGGAGUGGUUAAAUUCGACGACCCCGUCAUCGAAAGAACCCGACGUGCGCAAAUGAAUGAUUUGGAAAACAUCCCCGCUUUUUGGAUCUUGGGUGCUUUUUAUGUAACCACAGGACCUGGCCUUGGUUGGACGACGGUUCUAUUCAGAAUGUUUACAGUAUGUAGAUUUAUUCAUACAUUUGUUUACGUUCUGCCAGUAAUUCCACAACCGUCGCGCGCAAUCGCGUACGGGAUACCUUAUCUUAUUAAUUGGUAUAUGGGUUUACAAGUUGUAUCAUAUUAUAUUAGUAUCAUGUAAUAUUUUA